AACAUCCAAGCAGUGCUCGAGGGCAGUUUCACACUGGCAGUGCACUUGAAGGAAUGCGGUAAACUUGUCUCAUGACUUGACAUUCGUUAAAGAAGGGUCUUCCAAAUCUAGAGGUUGACUGGACACCUGAUUCCCUCAAAGUACCGUGAUUGGCUCCUGAAAGAUGUCUUCUAUAGAUCCCUAUCAGUACAUUGUGGUGGAACACCAGUAUUCCCAUAAGUUCAAAGUGACUGUGGUACGAGCUGAGAAGGUGACCAAGGGUUCUACCCUGGGAGACUUUUUGGACACUCCAGAUCCCUACGUGGAGUUGUUCAUCCCAACCACUCCAGACUCAAGAAAACGGACGCGGCACAUUGACAAUGACAUCAACCCCAUAUGGAACGAGACCUUUGAAUUCAUACUGGACCCCAAUCAGGAAAACACUCUAGAGUUGACAUUGAUGGAUGCUAACUAUGUCAUGGAUGAGACCCUGGGAACGACCUCGUACUCCAUUGCUAAACUCAAAGUGGGACAACCAGAAGUGGUUCCAUUCCCCAUUGGCAAGUUAACCAAGGUGUACUUGGAGAUGUCGUUAGAGGUGUGUUCAUCCACAGACCUGCGGUUCAGCAUGGCCCUGUGUGACCAGGAGAAGCUGUUCAGACAGACACGCAGAGACCGGGUGAUGCUGGGCAUCAAGAAACUACUCAACAUGGAGAAAGGACAACACCUCCCCACCUCAUUAAGAGAGGUCCCUACAAUCGCCAUCGUGGGGUCAGGGGGAGGGUUCAGAGCCAUGGUGUGUUUCUCUGGAGUGAUGAAGGCUCUGUAUGAGUCUGGAGUUCUGGACUGCGCUACCUAUGUGGCUGGACUUUCUGGAUCUACCUGGUACAUGUCUACACUGUACUCCCACCCUGAGUUCCCUAAGGGUAAGGGUCCAGGGGAGAUCAACCGGGAGCUGAUGAGGUGUGUGAGCAGUAACCCACUGAGGCUGCUGCUGCCCCAGAACAUCAAGCGCUACAUCAAGGCCCUGUGGAGAAAGAAGGCUGCCGGGCAGCCCGUCACCUUCACCGACAUCUUCGGCAUGCUCAUCGGGGAGACGCUCAUGCCAGGGAGGAUGGACUUCAAGCUGAGCCACAUGCAGAAGACUGUGAGCGAGGGUCAGAGCCCAAUGCCUCUCUUCACCUGUCUGCACGUCAAGCCAGACGUCUCAGAACUCAUGUUCGCUGACUGGGUGGAGUUUACCCCGUACGAGAUUGGCAUGGCCAAGUAUGGUACCUUCAUGUCCCCAGGCCUGUUUGGCAGUAAGUUCUUCAUGGGCAGCGUGGUGAGACAAUACGAGGAGAACCCACUGCAUUUCCUCAUGGGGGUGUGGGGCAGUGCUUUCUCCAUCCUCUUCAACCGAGUCAUGGGGGUCAAAGGGACCUCUGGAGGUAGCACCAUGGAAGAGGAGCUUGAGCAAAUAAAGCCUCAGCACAUUGUGGGUGAGGAGACGCAGGAAAAUGAGGACGAGCCAAGAAAAGCAGGUGGAACAGAAAACCAGGAGGCAGAGGAAGAGCUCCAGCGUAAUGCCCAGGCCAGCUGGACCAGCAGGAUGUUCACCUCCCUGGUGGGGGAGUCCACCCUCUUCAACACCCGUGAGGGCAGAGCCGGAAAGGUGCACAACUUCAUGCUGGGGCUCAACCUCAACUCCUCCAUGCCUUUCUCCCCCUUCAACAACAGAUCAUACACACACCACAACGUGGAGGAGGAACAGGACGCCGUUACAGACCCAGAUGAGUUUGACCGCAUCUACGAGCCGCUGGACGUGAAGAGUAAGAAGAUCCACAUAGUGGACAGUGGUCUGACCUAUAACCUCCCGUACCCACUCAUCCUGCGGCCGCAGCGUGGCGUCGACCUCAUCAUCUCCUUCGACUUCUCUGCCCGCCCCAGUGACUCCAGCCCACCCUUUAAGGAGCUCCUGCUAGCUGAGAAAUGGGCUCGCAUGAACAAGCUUCCCUUCCCAAAGAUCGACCCCAAAGUGUUUGACCGUGAGGGCCUCAAGGAGUGUUAUGUCUUCAAACCCCGCAAGGAAGACAAGUGCUGCCCCACCGUCAUCCAUUUUGUACUGGCCAACAUCAACUUCAGGGAAUUCAAAGCUCCCGGAGUCCCUCGAGAGACGGAUAAAGAGAAGGAAUUUGGUGACUUUGACGUCUUCGACGACCCCGAGAGUCCGUACUCCACGUUCAACUUCCAGUACUCCAACCAGGCCUUCACCCGCCUCCACGACCUCAUGGAGUUCAACACGCUCAACAACAUUGAGGUGAUCAAGGAUGCGAUAAUGGACAGCAUCAGCCAGAGACGGGAGAACCCCUCACGCUGCUCCGUCUCCAUCUCACUCAAUGAGAUUGAAAACAAGAAGUUCUUGAAACGGAACGUCAGCUCAGCUAAGCUUCCCAUAUAACUCCACCAGAGACACCUUUCUAUAUCCAUGACAAGACCUGGAGGUUAAGUUUUUUGAUAGAACAAAACGUUACAGCUCUAAGAACAGAUAAGAAUGGUAACCAACCUAUCCUUGUAGCUGCAAGGCUUAUCUCUGUUUGAAUGGGAUAUAAGCCUCACUUCAAGCUAGCCUGGUCUCAGACCUGUUUGUGAUUUCUUGCCAACUCACGACAAUGGCCAUGGGAGUUUGAAAGACAGUACAAACUGAUCUGAGACCAGGGUGACUUAAAGCAACUUUUGAGCUCUAUAUGACUAUUGUUUGGGAGAGGAUGCAGCACACCUUGUUCUGUAUAUUCCUGGCCUAGCAUCUGGGGUGGUGUGGUUAAUCUUUAAACGGGUCGCUCACUCUCUCACACACACAAGGACACACACACUCCAUCCCUUCAUGCAGCAGGCAGAGGAGAGAGGAGAGAUCACACCUGGGAAUGCAUGUUUGUGUGAAGGCCUGCCUAGCGAUGCAAUGUAUCUCUGGCAGGGGUCAGUCGAGGUGUGGCGUUGUCAAGGGAUGAACAUUUACUUCUAAAACGGAUUUUACUGACUCACGUAUUUGCUGCAGAUCCAAACUUGAAAUAUCUGUAGUUGAAUUAGAAUGACUCCUUACCAAUGAUAUUUUCUUUAUGCCUUUCUAACUAUCUUCACCGGUCUCUUGUUCCCUUUUGAUCUAUUUAUUAGUAUUUUGUUCCAUACAUACCGUGGAAGGGUGUUUGGUCUUUUGCUUUAUUGUGGAAACAUUGCUGAGAUUUAGGGCAACCUUGUCUCUGUUACAGCAGAUGGGGGAAAAUAGCGUGUUUUCUUUAUUACACUGUGCCUGUAUUCUCCCGUCUAGGAUUUUGAACCCAGGUCUCCUGGCCCCCGUGUGACAGGAGGGGAUACUGACCAUUAUACUAAUGAGGAGCUCAGGCUUGCAAGUCCACAGCUCCGUCUCUAAAAACACUCCUUCUGUAAGGCAAUCUGUGAAAUUCUAUUGGCACCCACAUUCUGCCUAGGCAAGCGUGCUAUUCACAGCAUUUACACAAUGGAGACCUGGCUCUCAAUUCCUCCUUCCUCUUCUCCCUCCUCCAGACUGUAGAAGAGAAGUGGGGGAAGGGAUGAUGGAAUGUCUCCUCCCCUCCUUUCCCCCUGUUUUACCCAGUGGGAGAGAAGCAGGGGAUGUCUGGGGAGGAGUGUUAGCUCACUCCUCCAGGGGAAGGCCUGGCUGAAUGGCGUGAUGUGAAGGUGAAAAGGCAUGUGGGGAGUUGAACAAACCUAGAAUUUCUCUGAGGCUGGCAAGUUGAAAUGGGCACGCAACACACAGGAAGCUCAUUACACACACAUUCCAUGUUGGGAUGGCCCUAUGCUAUAGACGGUGUCUCACAAAGGAUCCUCUUCCUUUGGGUUGCUUUUACAGUGCCUUGCAAAAGUAUCCAUCCCCCUUGCCGUUUUUCCUAUUUUGUUGCAUUACAACCUGUAAUUUAAAUGGAUUUUCAUUUGGAUUUCAUGUAAUGGGCAUACACAAAAGUCCAAAUUGGUGAAGUGAAAUGAAAAAAAUGACUAAAAAAUAAAAAAUCUGAAAAGUGAUGCAUGCAUAUGUAUUCACUCCUUUUGCUAUGAAGCCCAUAAAUAUGGUCUAGUGCAACCAAUUACCUUCAGAAGUCACAUAAUUAGUUAGAUUGCACACAGGUGGACUUUAUUUAAGUGCAAUAUGAUCUGUCACAUGAUCUCAGUAUACAUCUGUUCUGAAAGGCCCCAGAGUCUGCAACACCACUAAGCAAGGGGAAACACCAAGCAAGCGGCACCAUGAAGACCAAGGAGCUCUCCAAACAGGUCAGGGACAAACUUGUGGAGAAGUAUAGAUCAGGGUUGGGUUAUAAAAAAAUAUCAGACACUUUGAACAUCCCACGUAGCACGAUUAAAUCCAUUAUUAGAAAAUGGAAAGAAUAUGGCACCACAACAAACCUGCCAAGAGAGGGCCACCCAGCAAAACUCACGGACCAGACAAGGAGGGAAUUAUUCAGAGAGGCAACAAAGAGACCAAAGAUUACCCUGAAGGAGCUGCAAAGCUCCACAGAGGAGAUUAGAGUAUCUGUCCAUAGGACCACUUUAAGCCGUACACUCGACAGAGCUGGGAUUUACGGAAGAGUGGCCAGAAAAAAGCCAUUGCUUAAAGACAAAAAUAAGCAAACACGUUUGGUAUUCGCCAAACGGCAUGUGGGAGACUCCCCAAACAUGGAAGAAGGUACUCUGGUCAGAUGAGACUAAAAUUGAGCUUUUGGCCAUCAAGGUUCAAGAUUUGGAAAGGCACACACAUGUCUAUAAGGUCCCACAGUUGACAGUGCAUGUCAGAGCAAAAACCAAGUCAUGAGAUUGAAGGAAUUGUCUGUAGAGUUCUGAGACAGGAUUGUGUCCAGGCACAGAUCUGGGGAAGAGUACCAAAACAUUUCAGCAGCAUUGAAGGUCCCCAGGAACACAGUGGCCUCCAUCUUUCUUAAAAGGAAGAAGUUUGGAACCACCAAGACACUUCCUAGAGCUGUCUGCCUGGCCAAACUGAGCAAUCCGGGGAGAAGGGUCAUGGCCAGGGAGGUGACCAAGAACCCAGAGUUCCUCUGUGGAUAUAGGAGAACUUUCCAGAAGGACAACCAUCUCUGCAGCACUCCACCAAUCAGGCCUUUAUGGUAGAGUGGCCAGAAGGAAGCCACUCCUCAUUAAAAGGCAAAUGACAGCCUGCUUGCCAAAAGGCAGCGAAAGAGUCUCAGACCACGAGAAACAAGGUUCUCUGGUAUGAUGAAACCAAGAUUUAAUUAUUUUGCCUGAAUGCAAAGCAUCAUGUCUGGAGGAAACCUAGCACCAUCCCUACGGUGAAGCACGUGGUGGCAUGGUGGGCGACUAGUCAGGGUUGCGGGAAAGAUGAAUGGAGCAAAGUACAGAUAUUCUUGAUGAAAACCCGCUCCAGAGCGCUCAGAACCUUAGAAUGGGGGAAAGGUUUAUCUUCCAAAAGGACAACGACCCUAAGCACACAGCCAAGACAACGCAGGACUGCCUUCGGGACAAGUCUCUGACUGUCCUUGAGUGGCCCAGCCAGAGCCCGGACUUGAACCCGAUCGAAUAUCUCUGGAGAGACCUGAAAAUAGCUGUGCACCGACUCACCCCAUCCAACAGACAGAGCUUGAGAGGAUCUGCAGAGAACAAUGGGAGAGACUCCCCAAAUACAGAUUUGCCAAGCUUGUAGCGUCAUACCCAAGAAGACUCGAGGCUGUAAUCGCUGCCAAAGGUGCUUCAACAAAGUACUGAGUAAAGGGUCUGAAUACUUAUGUAAAUGUGAUAUUUCAGUUUUAUAUUUUUUAGACAUUUGCAAACUGUUUUUGGUUUGUCAUUAUAGGGUAUUGUGUGUAGAUUGAUGAGGGGGAAAUACGAUUUAAUCCAUUUUAGAAUAAGGCUAACACGAAACAAAGUUUGGAAAAAGUCAAAGUGUCUGAAUAAUUAUGUAAAUAAGGGUUAAAUAAGGGUUAGGGUUAGUGUUUGUGUUUUUAAUUUUUUAGACAUUUUCAAAACAUUCUAAACCUUUUUUCACUUUGUCAUUAUGGGGUAUUGUGUGUAGAUUGAGGGGAAACAAAUAUUUAAUCCAUUUUAGAAUAAGGCUGUAACAUAACAAAAUGUGAAAAAAGGGAAGUGGUCUGAAUACUUUCUGAAUGCUCUGUUUAAUAGAUGAUAAAUAGUUUACUGGCCUGCUGAGACGUAUUCAAGAAGUGUGCCAGGAGUUGCAAUGAUUCAUGAACAGUUUCAAUGUGUUUGAAAUCUAUCUUUGUAAACCUGUAAUGUAUACAUAAUGGUUCAUAUAAAUUAAAGUAAUGGGCUCCUGUUGUACAGGUAGACCAGGUUGUUUACAAGUAUAAAUUAAUGAUAAAGAAAUUGGCAUCACAAGGACUGGACAAUAUGUGUGUGAAUUUAUGUGUUUAGAAAAUGGGAGAUCUUUUUUUUACAUAAAAAAUGUAACUGCUAUUUGCUUUCUAAAUUAGUGUUUGUGUAUUAACUAAUUUCAUUGGCAAUAAAUCUUUGACAGAAAAAGUC